AUGAGAAGGCGUGAGCCUGAGAUAGAUUAUGGUGUUUUGGACAAAAAAGAUGUCAUCGCCUUAAGAGUGGCUCUUCAAAAUCAUCUCGAAUUAAAGCCCAUAGGUUCCUUACUCCCCCCUGGCUACCAACAGGUGACAGUCAACCACUGGGUCAAAGAAAGCCGCUUGUGCAAUGAUGGGGCAGACCGAUUGCAUGCCCCCAACGACGACUGGAAGUACCGAGUGUGGGUAGGAGGCCGCAUAUUUUUCAGACAGCAACGUAUUCACCUCGACCGUCGUUUGCCUGUGAGAGCCAGCGAGAAUAUUAUCAAUGCUCGGCUUGCGGGCGACCUGACCAGUGAAGAUGCCAAAGUUUUCGUAACUUUGAGGAAGGCAUUGUCGUUUGAGUUUGAUUCGAAAACACUGCUGGAAUUGAAACUCGGUGAAAAUAGGCUGCCCUCCAGAUUACAGUCUCAGUUGGUCCUUGAAGAGAAGCAACUUUGCUUUAUGCGAAACAUUCCCCCCAGCCUUAGAUCUAUGGACAAUCCUCGCAAAAUACCACCAGCCCUGGAUCCCGAUUAUUCCCAGAGCAUGAUACCCUCCCAAACAUUGUUGUUCAGGUUCAGUGCUCUCACUAGAAACGAUCAUGCCAUUCAUCUGGACCCCGAAUACACCAAACGGGUCUACGGCAUUCCGAAACUACUUGUCCACGGCCCACUUACCUCUGUCCUCAUGUUGGACAUUUUGCGAGAAUGUCUUCUGGAUCGCGGUACGAAGACACCUUAUGCCUUUGUUAUCCGGGAAUUUGAGUAUCGAAACCACCUGCCACUUUUCGCUGGCGAACAAAUAAGCAUUGCCUGCAAGAAAUUGCGGAAUAUUUAUGCGGGCGAAGGAGCCAAAUUUCGCACAGAUCUGCCGGUACCGUGGGAGCUAUGGGAAGUCUGGAUCCAGAAAGGAGAGGGUGACAAUGCAACGGUGGCGGUUAGAGGCCGAGCCCGCGUGCAGCCUGCCACAGUUUCGAGACUCGGUCCGGAAGAGUAUGAUGACGCUGACGAAGAGUCAGCUUUCCCUCUCCCCACCGAGCAGGAAGAGACUGUACAGAGUCGACAUGAUGGCGUGGAUUCUAUUCUCCAGGUUCGACCUUACAACAAGAACCCCAAGGCGGAGCCAAACAAUGAAGAUUAUCCCAAACCUGUGUCCCGCCCCGUCCAACAGUCGUCUUGGUUUUCCCGAGAACACCAACUGAAUGUUAGAAGACGACCCGAUUUCCAAAAAGGUUACUACCUUUAUCAUCUUCCUCUGCCGCCAUCUGACCAGUCAAAAUAA